GACUAUGACAUAACAUCAAAAAAUAAAGUGAAGGUGAUCUUAGCUGCUAACAUUAUUAUUAGCUGGAUAUUUUUAGCUAUACAAAACAAUUUAUUAGAUGCUCUGUCCAGGAUUAAUCAGGCAUAAAAGUAGUCAAUAAAAUGGAUCAAGUUUCGAAUGUAUUUAACGGUUUUACAAACAUAAUGGAUCAAAAUAUACGAGGAGUACAGCUUGGCUGUUACUCUGUAGCUCUAGUUGGGCUAACAGUUGCUAUGCGAAAAGUGAGACCGUUUAGUAAAUUUAAAGCGCCUUCUGACAUCCCUAAUCAUUUCGUUAAAGAAAGGCGUGAGUUAACGGGCUUGGUGAAGCGAAUUGAACCUGACGGCGCUUUAUUGAUGGUACAGCAUAAGCCCUUGGUUAAUAUCCCUUUGAUACCUUCUGGUCAGUUACCUGUCAAAAUAACAGGGGUCAAUGUCACCGGACUGGGAAUAAGCUGGUUACAGACUGUAGUUGUUGGCAGCGAAGUAAAAUUUGUACCUAUUUUGAAAGGACGAAACUUGGUAGAAUGUGAAGUUCUGCUUGUGCAACCUUCUAAAGAUAAGAAGAAGAAGCCACAGUUAGUAAACAUAGGAGAGAGCUUGGUGAGAAUAGGUUUCGGAGCGACAGAGAACAAUGAAAAAGCUCUUGUCGAAGAUCGUCUUCGCUCGCACUAUUACAACCAACUUCGUAAUGCCGAGUUAUACGCGCUUCGCAAGAGACUUGGCCUUAGAUAUUACAUAAAACCGACUAAGAAAGUCCUUAUGACUCUAGGAAUUUACCUGUACGUGCUUCUGGGGAAGACCUACCAGAAAAUCUCCAAUCUUCCUUAUAAACUGCCAAAGAUAUACGCGUCAUAGCAGCAGCGGAUUCAUAUAGCGCUCGAUUGUGCUAUUCUAGUCUUACAGAUCCUCGCCAUUUACAAUAUAAUCGCCUUUUUCUUCUAUCCGAAACGUAAAUCGCCAUGGCAGGACUUGAGUAGUGCCAUAGAGUUACUUCUUUAUGAUUAAUAUAUACUAACAUGUACACAUUUUUUGAUAUGAUCGAUCGACAUGUUAAUUAAAUUGGAAGAUAUGUGAUAUCGAACAAUCCGCUGCCGCAGGUAGGGUCAAGUUCGUACGUUUUCAUUUAAUUUUUGGCGCUGACUGAGAUCGUUUAGUUGUGACUACCUUCAAGCAUUUAGUGGGCAUUUAUUUUAGUGUCCUAAAAAGAACUGAACCUCCGAUAACUUUUCAAGACAGAGUUCUAUCAAAGAAGGUUUGCGAUGCAGAUUGUAAGAUAUCUAGAAACCAAUAUACUGUUGACCUUGGGGUUGACCUUGACUUUAAAUUUCAAGGUCAAACCAACAUCAACUUGGACAUUAAAUGGAACACUUUAUUUUUUAUGCUGACAAUCAAUACAAUGCUGAAUUUUAUGUUCGAUUAGGGGGUAAAAAAAUUUUCUGGUAUGUCCUAGCAUGGCAUUUGAAACUCAUUUUUCUCUGAAUAUCUCAACAAGAAUUUUUUAUCGAAAUCUGUGAUCAGAGAUUUUUUCCAGGACUCUUCUUGUAGAUCACAAUGAAGGUCAAACACAUUUUUCACAAAAAAUAACAAAUAUAAAGGAAAAAGAUAAAUAUAAACAUGCAAAUUGAUGAAAGCUGAAGAAAUUAUAAAAAAGGCAAUUAAUAUCUGUAGGUAUUUGAAUUUUUCAGAGUAAAUGUUCGAAUUAGUGGUCGUCUACAGUUUGACGGUUCAUAAAAAUAAAACAGCUUUCUAAUCAUAUUUUUAUCUA